AUUUCCUAGCUUCUUUUAUUUCAAAAUGAAUCGAUUUGGUUUUCUGUUCCUUCUUCACGCAGGACUCAGCGAAGCAGGUGGAGGAGGAUCCAGUGACUUUUUGCAAUCAACAGUUUUCCUUAUCGGUAUCGCCGUUUUCACUGCAAUCGUCGGAGGUUUGCUCGUCUAUGCUUGCCUAAUCGACAUAAAACAUUGGAGAAAAAGCAUUGACGGAAGAGCUCAGCUGGAAUUUCCCAGUGCUUCGCCGGCAGAAUUCGUGCUUCCGCCGAUUCAGCGAACACCGGAGAAUCUGGUGACUCCGAAAGAACCGGAAAGUAUUAAAUCGACGCGAGUUGAGCGGUCGCCGGAGGAAAAAACUCUGAGAAUUGUGAAAGCAAUGUACGAAUCGUCGAAGAGAGAGAUUCCAGAUUCUGUGCAAAAAAGUCUCCAAUCGAAGAACGGAGUUCAUGCUCGUAAUGCGAAGACUCCCCUGCAGACAAUCUCCGAGAAAGAAGAGCCCGAGUCGUCCAAAAAAUCGAUAAAGUCUACGAAAUCCGAAAAAUCGACGAAAUCUCUGAACUCCACUCGCUAAAAAUAUGUUUUUAUUCUCUGAAAACAAAAUAUUUUCCUAU